GUUAGCCGCUUUGAGACUCCUUAAAGGGAGUGAAAGGUGGGAUAUCAAAUCCAAACUCUUCUUCUUCUUCAUCAACAGGGUGACCAACCCUCCAAUCCCUAAACCAGCUGAGCAACCUUAACACCACACUUUAAGAGUUCCAUUAAUGGAAAUAGUUAUUAGUUACCUCCUCCUAAAGUUAGUUUCCAUAGAAAGCAAAUUGUAGUCCAGCCUAUUAGAACAGCCAAAGGCUUAGUUGCUGUGCCUGAAUGGCAACCACAAAGAAGUCUGUGCCCGGUUCUAGAGCCCUGGACUAAUGCCUUCUUAUCGUAUGAAUGGCUGGAGCAGAAAAGGCAAUGAUGUCAUAGACCUGCUACUGAAGCUUCUAGAACAAAGGCAGUUGGAGUGAGAACAUGAAGACCACUACAGGGGGAGAGUUGGUGACCACCUAAUCCAGGGCUGUUGUUUUGUCAUAAGGGCCAUGAUUCCAGCCGGCUGUAAAUAGAAAACAAGAAACAAAAAAAGUCUGCCACCCAUCCAGACCAUGACGCCAUCUACAUACAAGUCGCAGCCCUGAUGAAAAGAAUAAAACAACCCCCCUGAAGUGGGAUCAGACAAGGUAGCUCUCAUGUUUCCUUUAUAGCUUUUUAAACUAAAGGUGGAGAUUGGCAAGAGGUCGAUACUUGGCUUGCCAGAUCUGCACCUGUGGACCUCAAGUGUCUACUGUAGCAGUUUGUAAGUGAAAGGAAGAAUGGAUGACUCUGAACCUGCAUUUGACCAAGUAAUCCCUGGAAAUGAAGACAUGCUAGGUGCUGAGGAACAGAAUUGCAAUGAGAUGUGCCAACCAGAGAGUGAAACAUUCUAGGAAACAAUCCCGCAGCAGCAGCCCUCACAUCCUAGGCCAGGAACAGGCUAUUAGUUUACUUGAAGAGACAGAGCAACCUGUUGUGCAAGACUCCAGAUAUGAGAAACUGGAAUCUCGGCGUAGCAGUCAGCAGUCCAUUCAGAAUCCGCAGAGCAGAAAAUCUUCCCAAGGUAAGGCCUUAGACAAAACUGAAUUAAUGGAUGAACGGUGUUGGAUCAGCGAAAAAACAGGCAUAAAAAUGAUAUCUGGCAGUCAGCAAACUAGUUUUGUUUGGGGCCCAGAAACACUUGAAGAAAUUCUGCGUCCUUUUCAUGAGGCUGCAAUAAGCAGGGCUGCUUACGCAAAUACAAAAGUAGAACCACCUGUAGCUCAAGACUCUCACCACAGUAUUCAACAACCAGAGGGGCAAGAAUCAAGGCGAGCUAGUCAACAGCUGAUAGCACAAGAUUCUCACCACAGUAUUCAACAACCAGAGGGGCAAGAAUCAAGGCGGGCUAGUCAACUACCUAUAGCAAACGAGUCUCGCCGCAGUAUUCCACAAGUGGCAGAGAGAAAGGAAUCAAUAAAAGGUAGGCAACAGAAUGCAGUACACGAAUCUUGCUGCAGCAUUCAGCAGCCAGAGGGAAAGGAAUCAAGGCAAACUAGUCAACAGGCUUUAGCAGAAGAAUCUUAUUACAUUACUCAACAGCCAAAAGAGCAGGAGUCCAAGACUGGCAACCAGCUGCCAAAAAGACAAGGGUCCUACCAAAUGCCAGAAGAUAAAAGAAUAAAGAGACUGAAAAAAAUGCACAGAAAUAUAACUGACCAGGCACAGCAGACAGAUAGUGCAGAAUCUCUGAAAAGAGAACUGUUUGAAAAGAGUCUACAGACAGAUAGCCAUGGCAGUUCAGCAAUUAGUGCAACAAGUGAAUUGCAAGGUUCCCACCAUGGCAGCCGCCAGUCCAGCUUGCAAAAAAUUGAUCAGGAGAGUUUUCCAGUUCAGUUACAAGAUCCCUCUUCGGGCAACCAGCCCUCUGAAGCACCUGGGAUUUACCAUGGCCGCCUCCCACACGAACUUUCCCCCAAUGGCACCAAGCAAUUUGAUGUUCAAGACCUCCACCGUGGCAGUCUUCCAGCUCAUUUACAACAUGAGGUACAAGAAUUCCGCCGGUGUAGCCUCCCUCUGGAAUUGCAAGAUUCCCUCCGCAAUUGGAAGCAGGCUGAAAUUCAAGAGUUCCGUUAUAGCAAUAUCCUCGCUGCAGUGGAAGAUCUUGGGGAAACUCCUCUGGAGGCUGAGGAAGAGAAUUUUCAGAGCAGUCCCCCACUUGAACUGGAAGUAUGCCACCAACCUAAUCAACAGGAUAUUGAGCAGGACUCCCAGCAGGACAACCGAAAGCCCCAAGAGACAGAAUGCAAGGUGGAUCGUGAAACUGAGACCGAGGGACCCACUUCUUUGGAUAGUAAGACAGCACCACUGAAGCAAAAGGCCUCAUUUGCUCAGCAAACAUAUAGUAUCAUUUCAAUUGAGGACUCUACCUGGCUAAACAGAAGAUCUGGCAAAUUAAUAAGAAACCUCAGUCAGCAGACUGAUUGCAGUUGGCUCCAGGCUAAUAGAGAGAGAGAAAAGAAGCUUGGUGAUCAAGAAAUGAUGACAAGUUGUGAAACUGGGGUUCAAAAAUCAACCUGCCCCAAGUCUGAAAAAGAAGUACAAGCACCUGCCUGGAAGGAUAUUGAGAAGCCUAUGGAGGAUGACCCCUGGCUGGUCAGAAAACAGUCUGCUGUGCCUCAGAAAGACAGUGAAGUGUUAAUGGGACUCAAAUCUCGAAGAGGCAGUGAAAUGCCAGAGUACUUGAGGAGCACUGGACAGCCCAGCAUGCCUCAGAAUUGGAGGGACGCUGCUGCUCUAGAAAUCCCAAAGGACAGUGAACAGCCCGGGUUCACUGGACCUGAGAAGGCAGGUGAUCUGUCCGCUGUGCCUGAGUUGCUGCAGAGCAGUAAACAGCUCUUCAUGCUUGACUCACAGAGGGGUAUCCAGCAGUCCCUUGUGCUGGAAUCCAAGCUGGAUAGUGACCAGCCUGCUGUGCCCGAGUCCUGGAUGGGCAGUGAAGAGCCUGUUAUGCCUGAGCCUGAGAAACACAGCCAACCACCUACUGCACCAGUGUCCCGGAGAGGAAGUGAGAAGCCUGGUGAGCCUGAGUCCCGGAAACCCAGUGAACUCCGUACCCUGCCUGAGUCUCAGAAAGACAGCCAACCACCUACUGCAGCAGUGUCCCAGAGGGGAAGUGAGCAGCCUGUUGUGCCUGAGUCCCGGAAGCAAAGUGAGUACCGCACCCUGCCUGAGUCUCAGAAAGACAGCCAACCACCUACUGCAGCAGUGUCCCGGAGGGGAAGUGAGCAGCCCGUUGUGCCUGAGUCUCGGAAGCAAAGUGAAUACCGCACCCUGCCUGAGUCUCAGAAAGACAGCCAACCACCUACUGCAGCAGUGUCCCGGAGGGGAAGUGAGCAGCCCGUUGUGCCUGAGUCCCGGAAGCAAAGUGAAUACCGCACCCUGCCUGAGUCUCAGAAAGACAGCCAACCACCUACUGCAGCAGUGUCCCGGAGGGAAAGUGAGCAGCCCUUUGUGCCUGAGUCCCGGAAGCAAAGUGAAUACCGCACCCUGCCUGAGUCUCAGAAAGACAGCCAACCACCUACUGCAGCAGUGUCCUGGAGGGGAAGUGAUCAGCCUUGUGUGCCUGAAUCCCGGAAACCCAGUGAACUCCGUACCGUGCCUGAGCCCCAGAAAGACAGCCAACCACCUACUGCAGCAGUGUCCCGGAGGGGAAGUGAGCAGCCCGUUGUGCCUGAGUCCCGGAAGCAAAGUGAAUACCGUACCCUGCCUGAGUCUCAGAAAGACAGCCAACCACCUACUGCAGCAGUGUCCUGGAGGGGAAGUGAGCAGCCUGUUGUGCCUGAGUCCCGGAAGCAAAGUGAAUACCGCACCCUGCCUGAGUCUCAGAAAGACAGCCAACCACCUACUGCAGCAGUGUCCCGGAAGGGAAGUGAGCAGCCUGUUGUGCCUGAGUCCCGGAAGCAAAGUGAACUCCACACCCUGCCUGAGUCCCAGAAAGACAGCCAACCACCUACUGCAGCAGUGUCCUGGAGAGGAAGUGAUCAGCCUUGUGUGCCUGAAUCCCGGAAACCCAGCGAACUCCGGACCGUGUCUGAGCCCCAGAAAGACAGCCAACCACCUACUGCAGCAGUGUCCCGGAGGGGAAGUGAGCAGCCUGGUGUGCCUGAGUCCCGGAAGCAAAGUGAACUCCGCACCCUGCCUGAGUCUCAGAAAGACAGCCAACCACCUACUGCAGCAGUGUCCCGGAGGGGAAGUGAGCAGCCUGGUGUGCCUGAAUCCCGGAAACCCAGCGAACUCCGGACCGUGCCUGAGCCCCAGAAAGACAGCCAACCACCUACUGCAGCAGUGUCCCGGAGGGGAAGUGAGCAGCCUGGUGUGCCUGAAUCCCGGAAACCCAGCGAACUCCGUACCCUGCCUGAGCCCCAGAAAGACAGCCAACCACCUACUGCAGCAGUGUCCCGGAGGGGAAGUGAGCAGCCUGGUGUGCCUGAGUCCCGGAAGCAAAGUGAACUCCGCACCCUGCCUGAGUCUCAGAAAGACAGCCAACCACCUACUGCAGCAGUGUCCCGGAGGGGAAGUGAGCAGCCUGGUGUGCCUGAAUCCCGGAAACCCAGUGAACUCCGUACCCUGCCUGAGUCUCAGAAAGACAGCCAACCACCUACUGCAGCAGUGUCCCAGAGGGGAAGUGAGCAGCCUGUUGUGCCUGAGUCCCGGAAGCAAAGUGAAUACCGCACCCUGCCUGAGUCUCAGAAAGACAGCCAACCACCUACUGCAGCAGUGUCCCGCAGGGGAAGUGAGCAGCCUGUUGUGCCUGAGUCACGGAAGCAAAGUGAAUACCGCACCCUGCCUGAGUCUCAGAAAGACAGCCAACCACCUACUGCAGCAGUGUCCCGGAGGGGAAGUGAGCAGCCCGUUGUGCCAGAAUCCCAAAGUGACAAAUCACUUGGGACCGGAGCCAAGUUGGGUGCUGAAAAAGAGUCUGAAGUGCCAAGUGCUGCUGCAAGUGAGACAAGUCAAACAAAGUGGAAAACUUCUUUUUCUGCAAAGGCUCAACAAACAUAUAGUAUUAUUUCCCUUGAGAUAAAUACUUGGAUUAACAGAAAAACUGGCACAUUAAUGUCUUGUAGCAGUCAACAAACUGAGGGAAGCUGGCUUCAAGAUUAUAUAGCAAAAAAACUAAGGCGUACAUCUAAAGGAAGUAUGGAUAGGAGUGCUGCACCUGAACCAAGUAAGCCUGGAUCUGAGAGUGAUGGAAAAGAUGAAGUAGAGCAGGAGCUCACCUGUAAGAAAGAAUUUCCGACUGAGAAUAAGGGGGCAACAGCAGAGCUAAUUGCAGCCCAAACCGUAAUGUCUCCUGAAGACGGAGAAGAAGAAUUGUUGCAGCUUGAAAACAAACUUGCAGUGAGGAGCCAACAGAAUGAGAUGCCACCAUCCCAGGGAGAGUGCAUACAGGAGGAUAUGCCACAGUUCCAAUGGGACAGCCAAAAGAGGGGGGUUCCAGAGCCAGAUAUGGUAGAGUCCCGGCGGGGCAGCCAGCAGGCGGUGGUGCAAGAAUCCCGGCGGGGCAGCCAGCAGGCGGAGGUGCAGGAAUCCAGGCGGGGCAGCCAGCAGGCAGUGGUGCAAGAGUCCCGGCGGGGCAGCCAGCAGGCGGAGGUGCAGGAGUCCCGGCGGGGCAGCCAGAAGGUGGUGGUGCAGGAAUCCAGGCGGGGCAGCCAGCAAGCAGUGGUGCAAGAGUCCCAGCGGGGCAGCCAGCAGGUGGAGGUGCAGGAGUCCCGGCGGGGCAGCCAGAAGGCGGAGGUGCAGGAGUCCCGGCGGGGCAGCCAGAAGGCGGAGGUGCAGGAAUCCCGACGGGGCAGCCAGCAGGCAGAGGUGCAGACAGAGGUGCAAGAGUCCCGGUGGGGCAGCCAGCAGGCAGUGGUGCAAGAGUCCCGGCGGGGCAGCCAGCAGGCAGAGGUGCAAGAAUCCAGACGGGGCAGCCAGCAGGCAGUGGUGCAAGAAUCCAGACGGGGCAGCCAGCAGGCGGAGGUGCAGGAGUCCCGGCGAGGAAGCCAGCAGGUGGUGGUGCAGGAGUCCCGAUGGGGCAGCCAGCAGGUGGAGGUGAAAGAAUCCCGACGAGGCAGUCAAAAGGAAGUCGUACAAGAGUCCCGACGGGGCAGCCAGCAGUCGGAGGUGCAGACAGAGAAGCAGGAGUCCUGGUGGGGCAGCCAGCAGGCAGUGGUGCAAGAGUCUUGGCAGGGCAGUCAACAAGCGGAGGUGCAGGAAUCCCGGCAGGGCAGCCAGCAGGCGGUGGUUCAGGAGUCCCGACGGGGCAGCCAGCAGGCAGAGGUGCAAGAGUCCCGGCGGGGCAGCCAGCAGGCAGCGGUGCAAGAAUCUAGACGGGGCAGCCAGCAGGCAGAGGUGCAGACGGAGGUGCAGGAGCUCCGGCGGGGCAGCCAGCAGGCAGUGGUGCAAGAAUCCCGACGGGGCAGCCAGCAGGCACCAGUGCAAGAAUCCCGACGGGGCAGCCAGCAGGCACCAGUGCAAGAAUCCCGACGGGGCAGCCAGCAGGCACCGGUGCAAGAAUCUAGACGGGGCAGCCAGCAGGCAGAGGUGCAGACGGAGGUGCAGGAGCUCCGGCGGGGCAGCCAGCAGGCAGUGGUGCAAGAAUCCCGACGGGGCAGCCAGCAGGCAGCGGUGCAAGAAUCCCGACGGGGCAGCCAGCAGGCAGCGGUGCAAGAAUCCCGACGGGGCAGCCAGCAGGCAGCGGUGCAAGAAUCUAGACGGGGCAGCCAGCAGGCAGAGGUGCAGACGGAGGUGCAGGAAUCCCGGUGGGGCAGCCAGCAGGCAGUGGUGCAAGAAUCUAGACGGGGCAGCCGGCAGGCAGAGGUGCAGACGGAGGUGCAGGAGUCCCGGUGGGGCAGCCAGCAGGCAGUGGUUCAGGAGUCCCGACGGGUCAGCCAGCGGGCGGAGGUGCAGGAGUCCCGGCGGGGCAGCCAGCAGGCGGAGGUGCAGGAGUCCCGGCGGGGCAGCCAGCAGAUGGAGGUGCAAGGUUCCCGACGUGGAAGCCAGCCGGCAGGGGUGCCACAGUCUAGACAGGGAAGCCUGCAGGGCAAAGAGCUGAAGAUGGAGCAGGAAUACAAAACCCAGCAGGUUUUGGGUGAUGAAUUUCAUUUUAGUAACACCAUAUGGAAUACGUUAGGAAAUCCAACCCAGCAGCCUGAUGAGUCUGCAAGCAAAGGAACACUUGGGAGCUUAUCAUCAUACACAGAAGGUGAAGAUGCAGCUCAGCAGACAUAUAGCAUAAUUUCUCUAGAAGAUGGAAUCUGGCUGAACAGAAAAACUGGUAAGUUCCUGUUCAGUCAUGGUCAGCAGACAAACAAAAGUUCACUUUGUGGUGUUAAUGGAGGAACUGUGGAAGAUGGCAGAGAUACAGUUGGAAGUAGAAAAACAAUGAAAUCUGAUGUGGUGCAAUCUGUAGGACAAUCUGGCGAAAACUCCUGCUGUAGCAGUGUACAAUCUGAAAGUUGUUCAUCAAGCAUGAGCAUUGUACAACCUUGGGAAGAACUGCAGGAUCCUUAUGAGAAAGUGAUAAGCAACCACCAGAGUGCAACUACGCUGCUGAGCGUAGAUACAUAUGUUGAUCUGGAUCAUGAAUCAAAGGUGACUUACAGUGUUGUUUCUGUGCCAGAAGGAAGCUGGAUCAAUAUUAGAACUGGCAGGCUGGUGGUAUCUCAUACUCAGCAGACAGACGAGUCUUCCUUUCAAAAGCCUGGAACAGAUAGUCAAGCAGCCCAGAGGCGAGAUAGCUAUUCGCCUGAGCUGAGCCAUUAUGACCUGAGUGAUAGGCAGAUCAGUGAAGGUUCACAGCCAACCUACCUCAGUGAUGAACCAUAUGAGGAACCUGCAAUGCCUGGUGGAUAGGAGGAGGGCCUUAAGAGAUUGGAGACGUCUGAGAGUUAGUUGACCCUGCUGUGGGAGAGGACUAUGGCAUUUUGGAGAGCUAUGGCUACAAGACCAAAAGUAAAGCUCCCAGGAAAACAGAUGGCAGAAUAAAAAUGGGGAAACCUGUUUAUUUUGUGCUUCAUCUGCUUGAAUGAUAUUUAAUGAUUUAAUAGCACCCGUGGGGCUGAUCCAACCACCACCUAUUUAUCCAGUGCAGGGGGUGGCCCUGGCUGUUAGCUUCCUCCUCCUCCGACUCAGUGUUGCCCUUACAGAACUCGGCAGGGAAGAGGAUGGGGACAAAACUAGAAUUAGUUGGCUCUGGCUGCACCUGCUGUUGGUCUCCCUGCCUUCUGCCCCGCCAGUGGGCACCAGCCACCACCGAAUAGUGAUAUAUCAGUUCCUCAUUUGCUUGCCUCUAUGCCAUAAAGAUAAGGCCGAGACUCCAGUCCUGUUUAAAGAUAAUAGAUUCAUCACUUGGUAGCUGUGGCUUCAGGUGAUCAAACCCCACCAACAGAAUGAUUCUACUAUCUCACAUCACCUCCAACACAAUCAGAGCUACCGGCUGACUAAAGUAUUUUGACUGAUCCGCCUAUAAGCAAAUUAAUGCAUUCAUGAAUGAAUUAAAUGUAAAUAAAUUUGCCUGCUACAAAAGGUCAAUAUAGGUGACUUUUUGAGAUAUUGAAGGAAGUGUGAGAUAACCGAGAGUUUGGCAAAUGAAAGAUAUCAUUAUAAGGAAAGGUCAUCUGUAAUUGUCCCGCCCCAAUUCUUUAUUAUUGUGACACCCCAGCAUGAAGGAGCCUGGAGGUGUGUGUGUUGUUAACAAGUAUGCUCUUAAUUCUAAGAUCUACCAAUUAAUCCCUCCCCCCUUGAUUAAAUCUGGGUCUCAUUGCUUAAUCAGAUAAAGCACCCUUCUGCAACCUAGUGCCCUACAGAUGUUUUGGACUGCAACUCCUAUCAGCCCCAGCCAGUUGCAUUCCAGAACAUCUGGAUGACACCAGAUUGAGGAGAGCUGAACGAAAGGUCCUGAAGCAUGCAGUCCUGUGCAUAAUCCACUGGAGGCUUUCCCCACAUUCAGCUGGGAGUUAUCAAGUGUAGCACAUAGACUGCCUCACUGUGACCUUCCUGGGUUAUUAAUAGUGUUAUUUUAUAUGUGUCUAUUCAGAAGUAAGUUCCACUUGGAGGUUGCUAUCCCCCCCCACUCCAACCACUGCACCCCAGUGGCCUCAUCCAACUCUUUAUUGCUCCAUGUGAAGCAAAAAAAAAUCCAUUGCAUAAGUGCAGAGGUGUCAGGAUCCUUGUCUUAAAGUAGGUCAUCUGAUAUGGGAGGUUGGGUGUAAUCUGCAUAUCUUUAUAUGAAACUGUCUUAUACUGAGUCCCUUGGUCUGUUAGCCCAGGACUGUAAAUGGCAGCAGCUCCCCAGGCUCUCAGACCCUGUUCUUCCCAAUUACCUGCAACCAGAGCCUUUUAGGGGUCCCCCCAUGCCUGUGAGAAGUGCUAUGGUCCAUCUUUUAUUCCCCAUAAACUCUUCUGGCUAAUAAAUGGUAGGACCCUCUCCCACUUCCACCGUUUAACUACAGUUUGGUUCCUAAAAUGUUCUUUGCCCUGCCAUUAAAGCAAACACCGUGGAUGAGAAAUUGGCACAUAAGCAAAAAUGAUUGUAUCGAUUUCUAGAUAAGCCUAAUUUAUUUUAUGAUGUGUAGCAAAUUAUUUUUAUAGGUUCCAGUUCCAAAUAAAUAUGUGUAGACCUGA